AUGCUUUUGGAUGCAAUAAAAACCCUGCGAUAUAAAAUGGGAGGACCCCUUAACACGGGUGCAGCACUGGACUUUGUCACAAGGAACGUCUUCAUCCCGGCUGCGGGCAGCAGAAGAGAUGCCGGAGCUGCACAAAUCCUGGUGCUCAUCACUGCUGGGAGAUCCAAUGAUGAUGUUGGUCCGGCAGCGGAGGCAGUGAGGCAGGCUGGUAUUGAGCUCAUUGCUAUUGGAGCCAAGAGUGCAAUCAUGUCGGAGCUGCAACAGAUCACUUCUGACCCAGAUUCUGCUUUCAAAUUGAAUGAAUUUCGAGAACUGCCAUCUAUUCAACAACAACUCCUUUCUAAGUUUCAAGCAAUAGCUGUGAUAGAGGAACCAAUUCCUCCUACUGAAGUUACAACUGCAGCUGAAAUCCAGAGAGACAUUGUGUUUCUGAUUGACGAAUCCGAUUAUGUUGGAAAUUCAAAUCUGCAAUUCGUCCGUAAUUUUGUUUCCGCAAUAAUCAAUAGCUUUGAAAUUGGGGGAGAUAGAGUGCGAGUUAGUCUGGUGCUAUACAGCGAUGUUGCAGAAACUGAAUUUUAUCUGAACACCUACUCAAAAAGAGAUGAACUUCUGUCUCUACUGAGAUCUCUCAGCUUUAAAGGUGGUAAGAUUCUUAACACUGGGAAGGCAUUGGACUUUGUCCUCAAAACUCACUUCGUCAGAUCUACAGGCAGCAGAAAAGAAGAAGGUGUUCCCCAGUUCUUGGUGCUCAUCACCGGUGGAAGGUCUGGAGAUGAUAUCAGAAGAGCUGCAGAUACACUGAAGCAGAGUGCUGUAAUAACCUUUGCUGUUGGAGCUGGGUCUGCAGAUACUACUCAACUGCAGCAGAUAGCGUUUAAACCCAACCUGGCCUUCAAAGUGAGGGAUUUCUAUUCUCUGCCAAGCAUACAGACACAGGUGAUAACAUUAUUACAAAGGCUGCAUGUUCAAAUGAUGCCUAUUGGAGAGACAAUAGUGCCUGAUGAAGUACCACUGGUCGCUGCUACCAAAGCCAUGAAGAAAGAUAUCGUUUUCUUAAUUGAUGGCUCUCCUUUUAUGGGAAGAUCUUUCUCUCAAGUCCGUGAAUUCCUUCUGAAGAUAAUUCCAGAGCUUAACAUUGGACCAAACAAAGAUCAUCUGGCUUUGGUGCAGUAUGGUUCUGUCGCAAGGGCUGAAUUUUAUCUCAAUUCUUUUUCAACUAAAGAGGAAGUUUCAAAUGCAAUAAGAAAGGUGAUGCCAAAAAUGGGAAGACCCCUCAAAACAAGUGCAGCACUGGACUUUGUGACAAGGAAUGUCUUCAAUCCAUCUGCAGGCAGCAGAAGAGAUGCCGGAGCUGCACAAAUCCUGGUGCUCAUCACUGCUGGGAGAUCCUGGAGUAAUGUUGGGCCGGCAGCAGAGGCAAUGAGACAAGCUGGUAUUGUGCCAAUCGUUGUUGGAGCCAAGAAUGCUGUAAUAUCAGAGCUGCAACAGAUCACUUCUGACCCAGAUUCUGUGUUCAAGCUAAACACCUUCCAGGAAUUGUCAACUAUUCAGCAACAACUGCUGUCUAAAGUUCAACCAGCGCUUGAGAUCAACGAGCCAACAAUAAUUAUCAGUGAAGUUGUGCCAAAGCUAAUGAGUGAGAGAGAUGUUGUGUUCCUAAUUGAUGGAUCAGACAAUGUUGGUGACGUUAAUUUACCCGAUGUCCGAGAUUUUGUCAUAAGAAUAAUUCAGCAGCUGCCUGUCGGACACGACAAAGUGCGAGUGGGUCUGACACAGUACAGUGAUGACACAGAGGCUGAGUUCUACCUGAACACUUACUCAUCAAAAGCUGAACUUCUGUCUCAUGUCAAAAGCCUCAGACUGAGAGGUGGGAAAAUAGCUAAAACUGGCUCUGCACUUGAAUUUGCCUUUAAACACUAUUUUACUAGUUCUGCCGGGAGUCGAAUCCAGGAGAAUGUUCCCCAGUUCUUGCUGCUCAUCACUGGUGGAAGGUCCAACGAUGACGUGGAGGAGGCUGCGGAUGCACUGAAACGAGCUGCCGUCAUGACCUUUGCGAUUGGUGUUAACAAUGCAGACACAGCCCAACUGGAAAAGAUGGCAAUUGACCCAAGUUUGGUCUUCAGUGUAAAUGACUUCCGCUCUUUGCCAGAUGUCCUGAGUCAAUUGAUGAUGCCACUGACAACACUAAGUGUUCCGACUGUAAUUAUUGAAGAACCAACAGCAAAACCUGAGGAGGAACCUCUCACCACCACAGAAGUGGUCAGGAAGGAGAGAAAUUCCAACAUGAGGGAUAUGGUGUUCCUUGUUGAUGGCAGCCCCGGAAUGGGGAAAUCAUUUUCUCAUGUCCGUGAAUUCCUGAUGAAAGUAACCCAAGAGCUUGACAUUGGACCUGACGCAGAUCAAGUUGCUGUUGUUCAAUACAGUUCUGACGCAAAACUUGAAUUUGACCUCAAUGCUCAUUCAACAAAAGAUGAUCUUUUGAAUGCAAUAAAAAGACUGCGAUUUAAAAGGGGAAAGCCCCUCAACACGGGUGCAGCACUGGACUUUGUCACAAGGAACGUCUUCAUCCCGGCUGCGGGCAGCAGAAGAGAUGCUGGAGCUGCACAAUUUCUGGUGCUCAUCACUGCUGGGAAAUCCAGUGACAACGUCGGGCCGGCAUCAGAGGCAGUGAGACAGGCUGGCAUUGUGGUCAUUGCUAUUGGAGCCAAGCUUGCAGACACAUCAGAACUGCAGCAGAUCACCUCCGACCCAGAUUCUGCUUUCGUCCUGGAAAACUUCCAACAAAUGUCAAUUAUCUCUCAACAGCUGCUGUCUAAAGUUCAACCAGUGCUUGUGACUGAGGAACCAACACUUCCUACCCAGGAAGUUGUACUGAAGGAAAUGAGCAAGAGAGAUGUUGUGUUCCUUAUCGAUGGAUCAGACAAUAUCGGAAACGUUAAUUUACCUCAUGUCCGUGAUUUUGUCUUAAGAAUAAUUCAGCAGCUGGCCAUUGGACAUGACAAAGUGCGAGUGGGUCUGGCACAGUACAGUGAUGACACAGAGGCUGAGUUCUACCUGAACACUUACUCAUCAGAAACUGAACUUCUGUCUCAUGUCAAAAGCCUCAGUCUGAGAGGUGGGGCAACAGCCAACACUGGCUCUGCACUGGACUUUGCUAUUAAAUACUAUUUUACUAGUUCUGCUGGGAGUCGAAUCCAGGAGAAUGUUCCCCAGUUUUUGCUGCUCAUCACUGGUGGAAGGUCCAACGAUAACGUGGAGGAGGCUGCGGAUGCACUGAAACGAGCUGCCAUCAUGACCUUUGCGAUCGGUGUUAACAAUGCAGACGCAGCCCAACUGGAAGAGAUGGCAAUUGACCCAAGUUUGGUCUUCAGUGUAAAUGACUUCCGCUCUUUGCCAGAUAUCCUGAAUCAAUUGAUGAUGCCGCUGACAACACUAAGUGUUCCAACAGUAAUUAUUGAAGAACCAACCAUUACUGAAGAACCAAUAAUACAACCCGAGGAGGAACCUCCUAUCACUGUAGAAGCCAGGAAAAGGGAUAUUGUGUUCCUAAUUGAUGGCUCUCGUGGAAUGGGAAGGUCAUUUCCACAAGUCCGUGAAUUUCUGUUGAAGCUAAUACAGGAGCUUGAUGUUGGACCUGACACAGAUCAAGUUGCUGUGGUACAAUAUAGCUCUACUCCAAGACUAGAAUUUGCCCUCAAUGUUCAUUCAACAAAUCAAGAUGCUUUGAAUGCUGUACGGAAAUUAAAACUGAAAGCAGGGAGACCCCUCAAUACAGGUGCAGCACUGGACUUCAUCAUUAAUGAUGUCUUCAUCCCGGCUGCGGGCAGCAGAAGAGAUGUUGGAGCUGCACAGGUCCUGGUGCUCAUCACUGCUGGGAAAUCCAGUGACAACGUCGGGCCGGCAGUGGAGGCAGUGAGGCAGGCUGGAAUUGUACCCGUUGCUAUUGGAGCUAACUAUGCAAAUGCAUUGGAACUGCAACAGGUCACUUCCGACCCAGACUCUGUUUUGAUCCUGCACGAUUUUAAGGAGUUGCCAUCUGUUCAAGAGCAGCUUUUGUCUAAAAUUGGAGCAGUGUUUGUGAUUGAAGAAUCAAUUCCUCCCACUGAAGUUGUACUACAGGAUGUGGACAGGGGAGACAUUGUGUUCCUUAUUGAUGGCUCUGCUACCACCGGAAAUGUUAGGUUCACUUACAUCCGUAAAUUCAUCACUUGGUUAAUUGAUCAAUUGGAUAUUGGAAGAGACAGAGUGCAAGUAGGUGUGGCACAAUACAGCGAUGGUGUAAAAACAGAAUGCUACCUAAACAGUUUCUCAACAAAAACUGAACUUAUGAAUCACUUGAGAGGACUCAAGGUAAAAGGUGGCAGGAUGGUCAACACUGGGGCAGCGCUGGACUACGUCCUUGCAAAUCACUUUACCAAAUCUGCAGGAAGUAGAAAAGAAGAAGGUGUUCCUCAAAUAUUGUUGCUAAUUACUGGUGCAAGGUCUAUGGAUGAUAUCAAAUCACCAGCAGAUGACUUGAAGCAAGCUGCUGUAAAGAUCCUUGGUGUAGGAAGCAAGGAUGCUGAUAUUGAACAACUGACAGAGAUUGCAAAUGAUCCAAGUUGGGUUUUCAGAGCAAACGAAUUCUAUUCUCUGACAACUAUACAGAAUAAAGUAUUGACUCAAUUAACGACAAUACUGAUGGUGCCUUUGACAAUGACGAUUACUCCAACGGUUGCAAGUACUGAAGUUACACCACAGGACGUGGACAGGCGAGACAUCAUGUUCCUUAUUGAUGGCUCUGCCAAAAAUGGGAAUGUUAACUUUUUUUAUAUCCGUGCGUUAAUCAGAAAAUUAAUUGAUAAUUUGGACAUUGGAAGAGACAGAGUACAAGUAGGUGUGGCACAGUACAGUGACAAUGUAAAAACAGAAUGCUACCUGAACAGUUUCUCAACAAAAACUGAACUAAUGAAUCACGUGAAAGGACUCAAGUUAAAAGGUGGCAGGGUGGUCAACACUGGGGCAGCGCUGGACCAUGCCCGCGUAAAUCAUUUUACCAAAUCUGCAGGAAGUAGGAAAGAAGAAGGUGUUCCUCAAAUAUUGGUGCUAUUCACUGGUGUGAGGUCAAUGGAUGAUGUCAAAUCAGCAGCGGAUGCCCUGAGGAAUGCUGCCAUAAUUACCUUUGGAGUUGGGAUCAGGAAAGCAGAUGCACUACAGCUAAAGGAGAUUGCAAAUGACCCCAGUAUGGUUCUCGAGGUAAAAGAACUUCGCUCCUUGCCAGAUAUACAGAUGAAGGUGUUGAAACUGUUGUCAACACUGCCUACUUCGCAACCAGCUACCGAGAAGCCAAUUACUACCAUUAAGCAAGUUCUGCCAAAUGUGGUGGGCAAGAAAGACAUUGUGUUCCUUAUGGAUGCAUCAGAUAAUGUCAGGAACACAGAUUUUCUUCACCUGCGUGAUUUUCUCACAUGGAUGAUAGAGCACCUUGACAUUGGGAGUGAUGGAGUUCAAAUUGGUCUGGUGCAAUACAGCAAUUAUGCAGAGACUGAGUUCUAUCUGAACACCUACUCUUCAGAAGAUGAAAUUAUGUCUCACAUGGAAGGACUCAGACAGAGAGGUGGGAUGCCACUUAAUACCGGGGCAGCUCUGGACUACGUGCUUAGAAAUCACUUCACCAGAUCCUCAGGAAGCAGGAAAGACAAGGGAGUUCCUCAGAUACUGGUGCUCCUCAUGGCUGGAAGAUCCAGAGAUUAUGUUACACAAUCUGCAGAUGCACUGAAGCGAGCAGCUGUUGCGGUAUUUGCUGUGGGAACCAGGGACGUCGACCCAGCACAGGUGAAAGAAAUCGCAAGUGAGGCCAGGUUGGGCUUCAGUAUAGAGGAUUUCCGGUCUCUGCCCAACUUACAGGAGCAGGUGAUGAUAUCAUUGUCAACACUGCCUGCUACACUAGGACCCACUCACCAGCCAACCGUUCCUGUCAAACCAGGAGAAAGAAUAAUCAAGAAGGACAUUGUAUUUCUUGUUGAUGCAUCAGAUAAUGUCAGGGGCACAGAUUUUGGUUUUAUCCAUGAAUUCCUUCGACAGAUAAUAGAGAACGUUGAUAUUGGAAAUGGUGAUGUUCAGAUUGGUCUGGUGCAAUACAGCAAUUAUGCAGAGACUGAGUUCUAUCUGAAUACCUACUCUUCAGAAGAUGAAAUUAUGUCUCACAUGGAAGGACUCAGACAGAGAGGUGGGAUGCCACUUAAUACCGGGGCAGCUCUGGACUACGUGCUUAGAAAUCACUUCACCAGAUCCUCAGGAAGCAGGAAAGACAAGGGAGUUCUUCAGAUACUGGUGCUUAUCAUGGCUGAAAGAUCCAGAGAUGAUGUUACACAAUCUGCAGAUGCACUGAAGCGAGCAGCUGUAACAGUAUUUGCUGUGGGAACCAGGGACGUCGACCCAGCACAAGUGAAAGAAAUCGCAAGUGAGGCCAGGUUGGGCUUCAGUAUAGAGGAUUUCCGGUCUCUGCCCAACUUACAGGAGCAGGUGAUGAUAUCAUUGUCAACACUGCCUGCUACACUAGGACCCACUCACCAGCCAACCGUUCCUGUCAAACCAGCUGUAUUAGGUAGUGGAAGCAAAAGAGACAUAGUGUUUCUUGUCGAUGGGUCAGAUGAAGUUGGAAACACAAAUUCUCCUAUUCUCCGUGCGUUUCUGACCAGCCUAAUUGAGAAUCUUGAUAUUGGAAAUAAUGAUGUUCAAAUAGGCCUGGUGCAAUACAGCAAUUAUGCAGAGACUGAAUUCUAUCUGAACACCUACUCUUCAGAAGAUGAAAUUAUGCUUCAUGUGGAAAAUCUUUGGUUAAGAGGAGGGAAAAUACUGAACACUGGGGCAGCAUUGGAUUAUGUCCUUCAAAAUCACUUUACCAGAUCUUCAGGAAGCAGGAAGGCUGAUGGUGUGCCUCAGUUGUUGGUGCUGCUCACUGCUGGAAGGUCCAGAGAUAACAUCAAACCAUCUGCAGAUGCAAUGAAGCAAGCUGCCAUAGGUAUCUUUGCUGUAGGGAUUAAGAAUGCAGACCCAGCACAGCUGAAGGAGAUAGCAACUAACCCCAGUUUGGUCUUCAGAGCGCAAGAAUUCCACUCUUUGACACACGUACAGGAACAAAUGAUGAUACCACUGACUACGCUGACUGUCCCUCGAGUAUCUACUGAAAACCCAACUCUUCCAAGUAAACAAGUUUUUCCUGAUGACGAAGUCAAGAGAGACAUUGUGUUCCUUAUCGAUGGAUCUGACAAAAUUGGAAAGACAGAUUUUUCACUAAUCCGUGAUUUUCUUACACAUAUAAUUCAAAAUCUCAAUAUUGGAAGUGACAGAAUCCAAGUAGGGUUGGUGCAGUACAGCACUCACGCAGAAACUGAAUUCUAUCUGAACACCUACUUAUCAAAGGCUGAAAUUUUGUCCCAAGUAAGAGGACUGAGACUAAAAGGUGGGACUAAACUUAAUACAGGUGCUGCAUUGGACUACGUUUUUCGAUACCAUUUUAUCAGCUCUGCCGGAAGUAGGAGGCGAAAUGGCAUUCCUCAGUUUUUGGUUGUGCUUACUGGUGGAAGGUCUAGUGAUGAUGUCAAACCAUCUGCAGAUGCACUGAAGCGAGCUGCUAUAAUAACUUUUGCAAUUGGAGUCAAGAAUGCUGACUUAAUGCAAUUAAGUGACAUUGCAAUUGAUCCCAGCUUAGUCUUCAGUUCAAAUACGAUGUAUUCUUUGCCAAAUAUAGAAGAAGAGGUGACAACACUAUUAACGACACUGCCUGCUCCUCACCCAGUGCCUGAAGAGCCAACUGCUCCCAUUGAACCAGUUGCUCCCCCAGAUGCAAGCAAGAGAGAUAUUGUAUUCCUUAUCGAUGGAUCAAAUAAUAUUGGGAACACAAAUACUAUGUAUGUUCGUGAUUUUCUCACUAGUAUCAUAGAAAAUCUUGACAUUGGAAGAAACAGAAUUCAAAUAGGUUUGGUGCAGUACAGUAACUUUGCAGAGACUGAGUUCUACUUGAAUACAUAUUCUUCAGAAGAUGAACUUCUGUCUCAUGUGAAAGGACUGAAUCUAAAUGGUGGAACUUCUCUCAAUACUGGUGCCGCGGUAGACUAUGUGCUCCAAUACCACUUCACCCAAUCUGCAGGGAGUAGGAAAGAGGAAGGAGUUCCUCAGAUCUUAGUGCUGAUCACUGGUGGGAGGUCUACAGGUUAUGCCAGGCAGCUGGAAGGUGCAUUGAAGAGAGCUGCUGUGUUGACCUUUGCUAUAGCAGCCAAAGACACUGAUCCAUUACAGCUCCAGGAAAUGGCAAUCGACCCAGGUCUGAUCUUCAGGGUGCAGGAACUCAGCUCACUGCCAGAUGUACAGGAACAACUAAUGCUAUCAUUAUCAACGCUGACUGCUCCGAGAGUAGUUCACAAACAGCCAGCAGUAAUUACCGAAGGACCCAUAGGCACAGUUACUGAAGGUCCAUCUGCACCAGACAGCAAGAGAGACAUUAUAUUUCUCAUUGAUGAAUCUGAUUAUGUUGGGAAUUCAAAUCUACAGCCUAUCCGUGACUUCAUCUCCACAAUAAUUGAGAACCUUGAUAUUGGAAGUGACAGAGUGCGAGUUGGUUUGGUGUUAUAUAGCGACACUGAGGAGACAGAGUUUUAUCUAAACACCUAUUUGAGAAAGAAUGAAAUUCUGGAUUUCUUAAGAAUGCUCAGAUUUAAAGGUGGUAGGAGACUUGCAACCGGGAAGGCGUUGGACUUUGUCCUCAGCACUCACUUUGUCAGAUCAGUAGGGAGCAGAAGAGAAGAAGGUGUUCCCCAGUUCUUGGUGCUCAUCACUGGAGGAAGGUCUGGAGAUGAUAUCAGAAAAGCUGCAGAUACACUGAAGCAGAGCGCUGUAGUAACCCUUGCUGUUGGAUCUGGGUUUGCAGAUCCUGUUCAACUGAAGCAGAUAGCCUUUAAUCCCAACCUGGCCUUCCAUGUGAGGGACUUUUAUUCUCUGCCAGACAUACAGCAACAGGUAAUGAUGUCAUUACAAAGACCACAUACUCUAGAAAUAAUUACUGAAGAACCAACAGUACAUGUCGAAGAACCUGACAGUACAGAAGCUUUUGCAGCUACAAAGAGAGAUAUUGUAUUCCUAAUUGAUACCUCUCUUGGAAUGGGGGGAUCAUUUAUUCAGGUCCGUGAGUUUCUGAUGAAACUAAUGCAGGAACUUGAUGUUGGACUAGAAAAGGAUCAAGUAGCUGUGGUACAAUACAAUUCCAAGCCAAUACUUGAAUUUGGCCUUGACAGUCAUUCCACAGCCGCACAACUCAUGAAUGCAAUAAAAAGACUGCGACUGAAAAAGGGAAGGCUCCUCAACACAGGUGCAGCACUGGACUUUGUCACAAGGAACGUCUUCAUCCUGGCUGCGGGCGGCAGAAGAGAUGCUGGAGCUGCACAAUUUCUGGUGCUCAUCACUGCUGGGAAAUCCAGUGACAACGUUGGGCCGGCAUCAGAGGCAGUGAGACAGGCUGGCAUUGUGGUCAUUGCUAUUGGAGCCAAGCUUGCAGACACAUCGGAACUGCAGCAGAUCACCUCCGACCCAGAAUCUGUUUUCAUAUUGAAUCACUUCCAGGAAUUGCCAACUAUUCAACAACAACUGCUGUCUAAAGCUCAGCCAAUGCCUGUGAUAGAGGAAACAAUAAUUACCAGUGAAGUUGAACCAUUAGAAAUGAGCAAAAGAGAUGUUGUGUUCCUUAUCGAUGGAUCAGACAAUAUCGGAAACGUUAAUUUACCUCAUGUCCGUGAUUUUGUCAUAAGAAUAAUUCAGCAGCUGGCCAUUGGACAUGACAAAGUGCGAGUGGGUCUGGCACAGUACAGUGAUGACACAGAGGCUGAAUUCUACCUGAACACUUACUCAUCAAAAACUGAACUUCUGUCUCAAGUCAAAGGACUCAGACUGAGAGGCGGGGCAACAGCCAACACUGGCUCUGCACUGGACUUUGCUAUUAAAUACUAUUUUACUAGUUCUGCUGGGAGUCGAAUCCAGGAGAAUGUUCCCCAGUUCUUGCUGCUCAUCACUGGUGGAAGGUCCAACGAUGACGUGGAGGAGGCUGCGAAUGCACUGAAACGAGCUGCUGUCAUGACCUUUGCGAUCGGUGUUAACAAUGCAGACGCAGCCCAACUGGAAGAGAUGGCAAUUGACCCAAGUUUGGUCUUCAGUGUAAAUGACUUCCGCUCUUUGCCAGAUGUCCUGAAUCAAUUGAUGAUGCCAUUGACAAUGCUGAGUGUCCCGACAGUAAUUGAAGAAUCAACAAUUGUUGAAGAGGAAAUGGUCACAACUUCAGAAGCCAGGAAGAGAGAUAUUGUGUUCCUCAUUGACGGCUCCCGUGGGAUGGGGAAAUCAUUUCAAAAAGUCCGUGAAUUUCUGAAGAAGGUAAUCCAGGAGCUUAAUAUUGGGCCUGACACAGAUCAAGUUGCUGUGGUGCAAUAUAGCUCUGAUGCAAGAAUUGACUUUGGCCUCAAUGUUCAUUCAACAAAAGAUGAAGCUUUGAAUGCUGUACGAAAACUAAAACUGAAAACAGGAAGACCCCUCAACACAGGUGCUGCGUUGGACUUUGUCACGAAUAACGUCUUUAUCCCGGCUGCGGGCAGCAGAAGAGAUGCCGGAGCCGCACAAAUCCUGGUGCUCAUCACUGCUGGGAAAUCCAAGGACAACGUUGUGCCAGCAGUGGAGGCAAUGAGACAGGCUGGUGUUGUGCCCAUUGCUAUUGGAGCCAACAACGCAGACAAGUCAGAGCUGCAACAGAUUGUGCAUGAACCCAACCUUGUUUUGAAACUGAGUGACUUCCAAGAGUUGCCAACUAUCGAAAAUGAGUUGAUAUCCAAGGUUAAAACCAUAAUUAUUGAGGAUGCAACUGCUGUAAAUACGGAAGUUUUGCCUGAUGAAGUGAACAAGAGAGAUAUUGUAUUCCUUAUCGAUGGCUCAGACAAUGUCGGGAGCACAAAUUUAUUUCUUGUGCAUGAAUUUAUUAGCAGUAUAAUCGAGAAUCUUGAUAUUGGAAGUGCCAAAGUAAGGGUAGGUCUGGCACAAUUCAGUCACAAUACCACAACUGAGUUCUACCUUAAUACAUACUCAACGAAAGCAGAAAUUCUGAGUCAUGUCAAAGGACUCAGACUGAAUGGCGGCCCCAUACUUAACACUGGUGCAGCGUUGGACUUUGUUUUAAGGAACCUCUUCACUGAGCGUACAGGAAGCAGAAAAGAGCAAGGAGUUCCCCAAUUUCUUGUGGUGUUCACUGGUGGUAGAUCGUCAGAUGCUAUUAAACCAUAUGCAGACGCACUCAAGCGAGCUACCAUAUCAACCUUUGCAGUUGGAGUCAAGAAUGCCAGUCCUGCUCAGCUGAAUGAAAUUGCAACCUAUCCCAGUUUGGUCUUCAGUAUAAAGGAGUUCCAAAAUUUGCCAGAUGUCCAUGAAUGGGUGAUGACACCAUUGUCAACAAUGAGUUCUCCAACUAUGACUGUCAGUGAGUCAACAAUCAUUAACAAAGAAGCUUUAAUUCAGGAAGAAGAAGAAGUUACUGGUGCUGAAGCUAUGAGGCAAGAUAUUGUCUUCCUAAUUGAUGGCACCAUUGAAAUGGGCAAAGCAUUUCCUCUCAUCCGUCAAUUUCUUGUUAAAGUAAUUAAGGAACUUGACAUUGGACCUGACAAAGACCAAGUUGCCGUGGUACAGUACAGUUCGGAUGCAAAAACUGAAUUUGCAUUCAAUACGUAUUCGAGCAAGGAUGAAGUUUUGGGUGCAACAACGCAGCUUCGACGUAAGACAGGGCGAGUCCUCAACACUGGUGCUGCACUAGAAUAUGUCUCAAGAAAUAUCUUUACCACAUCUGCUGGCAGCAGGCAAGAUGCUCAGCAGAUUCUGGUACUUAUUACUGCCGGGAGGUCCAUGGAUGAUAUUAACCCAGCAGUAGACAGAAUAAAGCAAGCUCAUAUUGUCCCCAUUGCAAUUGGAGCUAAGAAUGUAGAUCCAACAGAGCUAUGGCGGAUUGCAAAUUCCCCUGAUUUUCUCAUCGUAUUAAAAACCUUUCACACCAUAUCAACUUUCAAGCAGCGGUUGAUAUCAAUGAUGAAAUCAGUUUCAGUUUAACCAUUUCAAGAUCAUCUCACUGAGUUGCAGAGAGUCCUGCUUCUGAAUUAUACUACACCAUUCAGGCUGCGUUCCCUACAUUAAGCUGCAGAAACAAUUAAAAAAGAAUUGCUUGAAUGAACCACUUCAUGAUGAGAAGAAAAUGAAAGCCAGCUAUCUUUGGAAGCCACAAUUUUAACAACAGUCUCUUCUUUAUUAUUGUGAUCUCAGACUUAAAUUGCAUCUAAACAUCUGGCUUAUUUUAUAAAAUUACUUGCAAUGUUUAGUCAACAAACUUACUGGGUAAACAGAACAUUGGUACAGUGUAAGGAACUAGGUGAUGCUGAAUUACAAGUUCAUUCUGAAAUAAAAACAAAAUGCUGCAAAGAUUCAGCAGGUCAGGCAGCAUCAACAGAGGAAGAAACAAAAUUAACACUCAGCAGGUCAGAGAGUGACCCUGGGCUGAAAUGUUAACUCUUUACACAAUUGCAGCCUGAACUGCUGAGCAUUUACUGCUUGUAUUCCAGUUUACUGACAUCAGGAGAUGUUUCUAUUUUCAGUGAUAUUAUUUGCCCACAUUAGAACAUUACUGGUUGAAAUUAAAAGCAUUAGAAAUAAAUUGGGACAUGACUGCACACUAAACUAUGGAGGAUUUUCAGUUCUGUUCCCUGUUUUAAUUGGAUCAUGAUAUGCACUAUAUACCAAAGCUGCUUCUCAUCAUGUUCGGUAAUUUCAAAUCCAAUUUCUCUUUGCUGCUACCUGCUUGAUUAAUGAUCAGAAUUGCUUUUUCUUCUGGUGACCUCUUUCUGGCCAUUGUGCUGGUUUCAAUUCCAUUGAAUUGAACAGCGGCACCCUCUCAAACUUAACUGGGUUUAUAUCCUCAAUAUAUUGUCAUAGACUUGUAAAGUAACAAAUAAAUUUUAAUUUUAAAACACAA